GCGGAGGGAUUGCAGUGCAGAUGGAAUGACUGUGGCAUCACUGUGGCAUCAGAUAGUGUCGGUAUCGUUAGCGGUCGCUUUUUGGGGCGAAAUGGGCAGUGUAGCUUCGAGAUGUGCGGAGAAUGUGCGCUGCAGCUGGUUGAUGCUGAUGAUCAGAAGAUGACGAAAUUUGUGAAAGGCAGCAAGGUGUUGUAUGUGGGGGGCAUGUUCAGUUAUGCAGUGCUGCAGGGCUCCAUCAAGGCAGUUGUCUGCUAUGAGGCAGAACAAGCCCCGCCAAACGGUGAGCAAGACCAAAUUCGCAAAGACCUCCUAGCAUUACAAGCCUUAGUCCACACACAAGGAGGCAGGCUCAACACUAUUGAUCAAAGGUCAGCACAUACAAAGGACCAAGUGCAAAAGCAACAGCAACUCGAAGCAUCCAAGCAGGCCAUUGUCUCCAGCUGGCCAGACUCAGCCGGACCAGCAGACCGCACACAAGCUGUUGAACAGCUGGUCAAUCGCCAUGACAACCUCAAGGGAAAAUACGCAAGCACCACCACCCUUCGCACAAAACAAGGAUGGUCCCAAUUCAGCAUAGUGGAAUUCUUCACAAAAGAGGCCAGAAAUGAAUUUGUGGAGCUUGUGAGAAAGGAUGCCCUGAUUUGCCAUGGACAAAUCGCAGUGGGUAGAGCCCAGAUCCCCAAAUACCAGCGCGAAGCCGACCAACCCCUCCGCUGUGCAAUAGCAGUCUUCUCACAACUCACAGGCAAGCAGCAACGCUACAAGCCAACCUGGGAAAUGAGCUCAGUAUGGCACAACAACGAAUGGAUCCUCAGCAUGCAAACAGCAGAACAUGACAAAACCCAAAUCACCAUCUAUGUUGCUGAAGCCCUGAAAGAUCAAUUCACAGAGAAAUACACAUCCGAAUGGCAGCAGUGGGGCGGACAAAAGGGAACCACACGCAGAGCAGACGGCUACAAGCCACAGUACGCCACACUGCAGCAUCAGUGGAAGCAACCCCACACCAAAGAUGAGGACGAUGAGAUGGACGGAGGACUUCCUGACCUGAGAGGGCAGCGCAAAGGUCUAACACGCAAGACUGAAACCUCCAUGCCCUUGAAAGACGCGCGUCUAGCUUCACACACGCGCCUCUAUGAGGAGCACCGCAACCUCAACAAAGCCAGUGGAACGCAAGCGUUCACACUAACGGACACUACCGGGCCGGGACCGCCCAGGUCUGACUAUGCGAAAGAGGCAGGCUUCCACGGGAUUGCAUUCUUGCACCUGAAUCCGGCAUGGAUGCGGGAUUGGACGGAAGAGCGUGUGCAGAAGCAGUUGCCUGGAAUUUCUUGGCAGA